AAAAACACUGCCAGUUUUCUGUUACGUGAAUGAACACAACAACAUUCACAACAACACAAACAUGAAGCCUCAAGCUAAAAAGCAACGAUUUUCAAAGUUAUCCCAGAAGAGAAACAGCAGCUAGUGGAGGAAGAUGCAGAUAAUAUAAGGAAAGUACUUUUUAAAUCAUUCAUGCAGUGGUUUUGAGAAUUAAAUUAGUGUUCUUAUAAGUACCGAGUCGUACUGUUUUGAUUCACUCCUCUUAAGCGCAUUGUUUUGUUGCUGUUGAAGUACGUUGAAGUGAAAGUCUAGAAUAUAACAAAACACUUAAUGUCAGGUCCCUCGGGAAACCAGUUAGUUUUGUUUUCCCAAGAGUCCUGAUGUUUCCCGAGACGAAGUCGAGGGAAACAUCAGGACUCUUGGGAAAACAAAACUAACUGUCUCCCUCGGGAUCUGACAUUAAGUGUAUAAUAUUCACGAGCAUUGAACGCGACAACCCCUUAUGAGUUUCUGGUUAUAACGAUGUGUAAUCUUGAAAAGCGUUUGAUACGCGCGACAUUUUUAAGUACUCCUGCAAGCGAUGUUCAUGAACGAUGAAAACAAACGCCACGGACAAGCGAUUAAAAUUGCAAGAGAGACUGCUAAAAAUCAAUAAAAGAAAUGCAAAUCGGUGAAACAUUUACAGAGACAACAAUUUUCAUUCACGAAGACAAGUAUUAAAGUGUCUCUAAAAAUCCUGAGUCUUUAAGCUUAAAGCUUAAGCUUAACUUUAUUUUGUUUUACUUUCAGCCGGCCUCCCGGUGUUUGCCUUUUGCAAAGAUGAAUCCUCGAAGCAAGAAAAUCGCUCAAAUUUUUCUUUCUACAGCCAAAUUUAUAACUAAAUAUUCUUCGGAACGUUUUCUGUCUAUUUGCCGUACGAAAAUAUAUCUGAAGGCCGUUUAAAGUUCUGUAAGCUUAUAUCAAACCUGAUACUAGGUCAGAUCAUUGACUCAAAUCUUACAAACACGCAAAAAUGUGACGCAUAAACAGUUAUCGACUUCAUGAAAUUAGAUAUAACAAAAACAAACAUCAAAUACAAUGAUUACUCAGGCUUACCAUUCGAGAUUCAGUUCCUGAAAGAUAUCAAGGAAGGCCAAAGCUGCUUGAGAGUUUUAAACCCUCUUACGCAAAAGCAAGGUGAAAAACGAAAACGAUGCCAUCCGAAAUCGGAUCACCCAAUUUUGACAAGCGACGCAUUUCUCAACCAAAAACCCAAUAAACAAACCAGCCAUGGAUAACAGAAGACUCUUGAUAGUAGCUGUAUUUCAUUUUGUACAUCCAGUCGAAAAAGACAGUUAAAAACAUCACAAGUUGACACAAAACUCUAUCAGCUUCAGCUGUCAAAGUAAACAACUUUCAAGAUGCUGCAUAAAUUUUCCGCAUGAACUCACCUGUCAAAUUCUGACCAAUCAGAGUACAAAAAUUGGAUCUAGAGCGUGACCAACGCGUGACCAUGGUAAGAAAAGGUCUUCCCCGCUUGUAUUUUUAAAAAGCUGGCUGAAUUUUCGCGUCCGAGGUCAGUUUGAAAUCAAAAUCUUGACAGUGCGGGGCCAUAGUGACAUAAACACAACAUAUUUCAUAUGAAUCAUUGGAAAAAUAUACUUGAGCCUGCGAUCAUUUGAAACGGGUAAUUUGUCAGCGGAUAACUUCAAAAAGUACACGACCUCGAUGGGUCGACACUUGAGCCCGCGGUACGGUCAGGUGAUACUGGUCAGGGGAUAUCCUGUUUUGACAGCUGUCAAUUGAUCACAACAUUGAUGUGCAAUUAGUUUUCUCUUGGGCUCCCAAACUAACUAGAAAGUGUGAGAGUAAACAUCGGUUUCCCUGUGGUGCGGACAGACGGUCGGGCGUACGGUCACGUGAUAACCAAAUUUUCUGGGAUGGGUAGAUUACCACAUUUUCUUAGCUACGGGGCUCUGUCGUGCGGGUGGAGCUCUGCUAUUAUUAUCAUUAAUAAUAUUAUUAUUAUUAUUAUCGUACAGCGAGACAGAAACACGAGUCGGCUUUAUAUACAUGAUUUAAUAAUGGGUGCUUUGACAACUGGGCAUUCAGGGCAUUUGGGCAUACAAAACAACGCAAUGAUUUGCUUGAGUGACCACAAAACAAUAGAUUCCCUGUGCCCAAUUACUAACACCAAAAGUAACCUUUAUUGAAUCAGCUAUAUAUAUUCUUGACUUCCGGUCGGCAGUCGCAGUGACGUAAUCAAUUGUAGAUGACGUAGAGUUGUAUUAAGGUUUCCAAGCAACAGGACUUCCACUCGGUGCACUAAAAAAAUAUGUUUUAUUCAUGAAAGGCAGACAUGGUCAUUCAUCCUCCGUGACAAAAAAAAUUACUGUUGGUGAAUUGCACCCGAUUCUCCUCAUGCAAACUGUUGGGAACUGUAAACUGUACAACGCCGUCUGCAAGAGACUUUGCGACGGUUUUCCGUUAAUAUCGUUUUAUCGGCCAUAUGUUCUUCAAACUAUGGCUUUUGCCUUUAAAACCUUGCUUAUUUUCCUCGAAUUUACUUUUGAAUUAUUAAUAAACACGGCUCCACAGCUUCAAACAGCGUCUACCAGCAGAAUUUCACGGGGGAAAACAUUAGAAUCAUAAUUUAUCCGCUUAUCACUCGGUGGCGUUGGCCAGCAUAUUAGGAGGUGACCUUCCACCUUGUAGGUCCUGGGUUCAAAUACCGGCCGAGUCAACUGUUCUGUCUUUCGUUUGAACAAAUGUUAGUGUUGUUCUGUUUUCUAGGCAAGAACCCAAUAAUAUAAUGCACCGAUCAAUUCGAAACUUCAAACUUUUUAAGACACUGGCCUGGUCGAAUUCCCGUUAUAUUAAGCCAGUAUAUUGGUCGAAUGCCCUACCAUAGUGAUGGAUUGCUACUGUCAAUGCUCUCCCCAAAGAAGAAGUGAUUUGCAGAUCGUGAAUUUGAAAAAUUCAUAGACUAAUAUUAAUAUGACAAAAUUUAUUGUUUCAUUGAAGCUUGUCCUCACUUUACAUCUUAUUUCUUUCUUUCUCUAUUCAAUGAGGGUAGCUACUUUGAAAAACGUAGUAUUAUGGAAGCCACGUAGAAUGAAAAAUCCACAUGAUGUUGAUCAGUAGCUUUCGUUUUCAUACAUAACAUCAAAAAAUGUUGUGUACUAUCACGUAGCUUUGGAAGUCCUCGUUGAACAAGCCAUUUGCAUACACGUACAAAGCUGUGUCUUUAUUUUAACCCCCCCCUCCUCCAACGCCCUAUGAGAUAGCUCAUAUUUAUCAAACCACACUGUCAGACACUGGAUUGUACAAAGAAAUUAUAAUAGACUUGACACUACUGGUUUACAUUCCCCAUCCCACUCACGCAAAAGCGAAAUUCUCCAACUCCGGGAAUACCCUAUUCGUCAAAUUCCCCACCCCUGGGCAUAAGUGGUGGUCAAAUGCCAGGGGUUUGCCUGGGGGGUGUUGACGUUUCGCAUGUAAACCCGAUUCCACUUCCAGGUAAUCUAUUUCUUGUAUUAAUUUAAAUAUUUUAGGAAGUUUCAUUUUUAUAGCACAGUUUUUUGGACAAUUUCAGGUAGCAAAACUGCUGAUAAGUUAGUUACUGUCCUUUGUCUGUCUGUCCUUAUCUAUUUUUACAGAAUAAAACAAUACCGGCAUAGUUUACUCUAGAAGUAAAAAUAUUUGUUUGCAUAAAUCUCUGUUAAAAUGGUCUAGUCAAUUACAAGCAGACGUAACUGAUCGAUGAUGAAUGACAUCAAUGAGUAAUGGAUGAGUAAUCAAUGGGGAAUCAACUGAUCUUUCUUUGAUUAUUCGCUAUAAUCAUUGGGUAAUCGAUGACUAAUCGAUAGCCAAAAAUUUUGUGGCCUAUCGAUUACUCAUUGAUGAUUGAUUACUGAUUGAUGUCAUCGCUGAGUAAUUGAUGCGUUCGAUUUAACUUGCAUGUAGAAAACCAGCAAGUUACUGACAGCUCUACUGAAGAUACCUUAAGGCCUUCAAAUGCAUUUGUUGUUGAAUAAUAAACAAUUAUUGGAUGAGGUUUUUGUGAUAUCCUGAAUAAUCGAGGUCGAGGUAAGUGUUAUCAGCCGAGCCAAAGGCCGAGGCUGAUAACAUUUACGGAGACCUUGAUUAUUUAGGGUAUCACAAAAACCGAAUCUAAUAAUUGUUUUAUUAUUAAUACAUUGUUUUGAAGAAAAUGACGACAAACACACCUUCGCAAGGAACCUGAAUUAAUAUAUUUAUUGGAAAUCAUGCAUUGCGCGCGCAACCUACAGAUUAGUGAGUUAUCUGCUAGCAGACAACUGACUAAUCUAUAGGUUGCGUUGAUUUCCAAAAUUAGCUGUAGGCCCUUAGCCAAUGAGAAAACAGAUAGUGAGUACAAUGUAUAAUAAUCAUAACUAAACCUUGUAUCCGUCGUCACAUUUAUGUCAAAGAAGUCUUUGUUUCUUUAUUUUCGAUUUGGUAUGGUUUGCGUACCCGCGAGAUUAUAUCGAUAACUAAUCAAUGACCAAUGAGUGACUGAAAGUUUUGUGGCCUAUCAAUUAUUCAUCGAUUAUUCAUUGAAUAUCGGAUAUAAUCAAUGACUAAUCAACUGAUUACCUAUCGAUUACCUAUUGAUUAUUCACUGAUGUCAUUGAUGCCAUCGAUUAGUUAUGUCCUGGUCACAGGUGUGAUCACCCACUCCAUAUAUCCUGGGCAUUUGCAGGUAUUUUGUCCAUAAAAAGCUGGAACGCUGCAAGUGCAAGGCUGGGAUCGAACUUGAUUCAUAAUUAUGUUUUGCCCUAAACAACCGACUUCUAGCUUGAUAGAAGAGUGUAUUCAUUUCAAAAGUGUUUCCAGGAUUUAAAGUUUAUUGCUUUUACUAUAAGUAUAUAAACGGAAGCUUCUGUUUUAGCCCUGGCUAAAUCUAUUUAGUAUAUACAAGAGAGAGUGAGCUAAGAGAGCGAAUCCAUGUGCCCCAUGAUAAUUUUUUUAAUCUAUUUAAAGUUCGCGCGCGUGCUGCGUAGGUUAUUUUUGUCUGUUGUUUCCGUGACCCGUGUGGUCUACUUUCUCGUGAACAUGACAUGUUUCGCCGCCAAACAUUUGAAGUUUGACAGCUAUCAUAGUAAUUAGCCCCAGGAGCCGAUACUAAUCGGCCCUGUGAACACAAAUCAGGUCAGAUGCUUCAAGCUGUUAGAAAUCGCUAACCUGGAUGCCAGAGACUUUUUAUGCGCGGUUUCCGGUUUCGGUCAAUUCUUUAUACUGAGCGGUGUGCCUACAUUUGUCUUCGCUCUCUUAGAUGUUCUCUCUUGGUGUAUACUAAAACAGUGGAUAGUGUUUUUCGCGCGCUCUGGUUAGCUACUCAAUCAGUGAAUAUCCAAUGCUAGUCACAGAUUCACCUCCAGUUUCUCCGAGCAAGCGACUCCAAAUUCGCGUAAGUCAGGAGCAAAAUGGCCUCCCGGUUUGCAAAACGGUUUGAGACAAGUGAAAAAGUUUUUUGUUUACAAAUGCAAGUUAAGCUUAAGUCUUGCGUUACUUUAUUUGGUUGACUUGUUCAUAAAUAAGCUUAAAACUAAAUUUAAUAAUCUUUUUCACAGAAUGAUUUUAAAUACAAAAAGAAAUCGCAACUCCUUUUGAAGAAAUUUCCCUGCAAGAGCUAAAGUAAAGCGACGGCCGCGGCCGUUCGGUCAUUGCGCGCCAAAAUUGUAAUCGUUGACAACAGUAAAUGAGUUAAAAAUCAUCAUUUUUGUGCUCAAUUAUCUCACUGUUUUAGUAUGUACUAAAACAAUUAUUCACCUCAGUGUUGGUGGCUAGUGGUGGUGUUUUACCUCGCCGCUCCGCGCAUCGGUAAAUCCCACCAGCACUACGGUGAAUAAUUGUUAUAUAUUACUCUUUGUUGUACCUCCAAACUUUUGCAUAACCAUUGUUUUCGAUUUCUCUUAGGACUUACUCUAUCGCCCCAAGAGAAACAAUGCUUAAUCGGCAAAAUUUUGGAAAAUAGUAUUUUAAAGAAAUGGUACCUUGAAGAAGGCCUAUUGCUGAUAAGUGAAUGAUAAAAUCUUCUUGCAGCCACUGUCUAUGGGAAUGGCGUAUACUUUGCUAGAGAUGCCUCCUAUUCCACACAAUUACGAUAUUCUCCAGCAGAUGCAAAUGGCGAUCGCUAUAUGUACCUUGCUCGUGUUCUGGUGGGUGAAUAUGCGGCUGGACGAAGGGAAAUGAUAACUCCUCCACUCAGAGGAAGCGACGCUGCUGAUGCAUACGACAGUGUUGUAGACAACACCUUAAACCCAAGCAUAUUUGUCGUCUUUUAUGAUAACCAGUGCUACCCAGAUUAUCUCGUUACUUUUAAAUAA